AUGAACCGUCAUGUUCAGUUUGCCAAGAACUUGAAUCGUUUUCGCCUAGUGACCUUUGACAUCACUGAUACAUUGCUGAGAUUUCGCAAACCACCAGGUGUGCAAUAUGCGGAGACUGCAGCGUUAAUGGGUAUAAAGAAUCUUGACCCAAACAAAUUACAAACUUUAUUUCGUGAAGAGUUCAAAAGCAUGGCCAAAAAAUAUCCGAAUUUCGGUAGCAAAUCGAAAGAAAUAACUUGGCAAGAUUGGUGGAUACUGUUGGUAUCGAACGUCUUUCAUCGUGUAGAUGACCAAUUGCCGCAAACAGAAAUACGUCGCAUAAGCGAACGACUUUUCGAACAGUACCGUACCAAUGAAUGUUAUGUGCAUAUUGAUGGCAAUUUGGAACUAUUAAAAAUGAUGCGUAAUGCUUGUAAAUAUGUUGGUGUGAUAUCAAAUACUGAUCCCGGGCUAGAACGUGUACUCUUAAGUAUGGAUAUCCGACAUAUAUUUGACUUUGUUUGCACCUCAUACGAUUUGGGCGUUGAGAAGCCGCAUUGUGAUGCAUUUCUGAAACCGUUGGAAAAGUACAAUGUGCAAGCGCACGAAGCGUUGCAUAUUGGUAAUCUUUACGAUAAAGAUUAUAUAGGAGCACGUAAUGCUGGCUGGUGUAGUUUACUCAUUACAAAGUCGGUUGAUGAGACACAGAAAGCGAAACCCACACACGUUUACACUAGUUUAAAAGAAAUGCAUAAUGCUUUGGAAACGAUUGAUAUCGAGUGGUAA